AAGAGAACGAAAAAAAGAGCAAUUGAAGCAACCAUGGCGCCUUCCAAGAAAAAGCUCGUCAUCUUCGACUUUGACGGCACUCUCUUUGACACUCAUGCCUCCAUCUCGCACUGUAUCAAGCUCACAUUCGAUACCCUCCUCACAUCACCGCAAGACACCCCCUCAGAGGCAGAAAUCCACCGUCUCAUCUCUUCGGGCGCAGGUCUACAAGACACAUUCCGCACCCUCCAGCCUGCAGACAAUGCGGCUACGGAAAAGCUCCAGUGGACGACAGAACUCGAAGAACGCUGGAUCGCCACGUAUCGCGACUUGUACGCUCAGCACGGCCAGCCUCUGAUCAAACCUUUCCCAUCUGCCGUCGAGCUCCUUCAGCAGCUCCAGGAAUCUGGAGUUGCCAUUUCGAUUGUCAGCAACAAGGGGGUGGCUGCUGUUGUCACCGCUUUGAAUGGCAAUGGGCUUGGGGGCGCAGUUGACGAGGAGCUGAUUGUUGGAGACAAGACGCCUGGAGCGACACGGAAGCCAGAUACGGCAAGCUUUACUAAUGUUUUAUUGCCGAGGUUGAAAGACGCGAGAUAUGGGAUCAAAGACUUUGAGGGAAUUGAAGACGGCCGUGACGUGCUGGUUGUUGGCGACACGGUUGCGGAUAUCCAGUUUGCGGCAAAUAUCGGAGCCAAGUCUGUUUGGUGCCGCUACGGAUAUGGAGAUCGAAAUGCUUGUGAAAGCUUGAAGCCUGAUUAUACGGUUGAUUCACUGGCUGAGGUUGCUGCUAUUGCUCUUGGACAUUGAUUAUAGAGUAUCGGGCACAGAUUUGUGUUGCGAUUUGAUGACGGUAAUUGCGGCUCACCUUUGGCCAGACUAACUGAAAUAACUUGCUGCUGCU